AUGAAGCUUAAUUUAACAGGAUUUCUUGGGUUUUUAGCGAUUUGCAUAAAAUUAGCAGUUACAUGUGCUAAUAAGCAUGCAUGGGAACCAAAACUUUAUAAUGGCUUAAAGCCACGAAAUGAAUGUAUAAGAGAGACUAGCUCAUUAUAUUCCGAACUUUAUAGAGAUGGGUCUAAGAAGAUAAACGUUAGCUCAAUGUAUAGAUUAUUGCCAUCUGGUCCAAUAAAACAAUUAUUUUAUUUUAAACAGAGUAGAUCAGCUGCAUUAGAAACAAUCAAUGUACCAUUGGCUUUAGGUCUUCAUAGGCCUCAAAAUAUUUCAGAACCAAUAAAUAGAAGCGUUGCAGCUUCAACAUCUCACCAAUUUUUGAUGGAAGAGUUUUACAUAAGCAGAUUUAUUGAAUUUACAGUAAAUAAUAUUGAAUUGCCACUAUCUAAUAUAUUCUUAGGGUCUUGUAUCAUAUAUACAUAUAGGAGUAUUAGGAAUCAGCUUGGAAUUUCAUCUUCUCUUCCGUACAUACAAAAAGUUGCUACUAUGACUUUCCAAUUACCAAAUGUAAGAGAUGAAAACUUUAGAGAGAUUUGCAAACGCUAUAUGACUAGUCUCUCAUCAUUAGGAAGAAAUAACUCUCCAUCAAAUUUGGCUUCUCAAGUAUGUUCCCAAAUACAAUCUUGUAUGGAUGAUUCAAAUUUAUUAAAUUCAGUGGUAGUUCUAAGAGAGACUUUAUCAAUUGAUCCAAAAAAGUUAAAUAUUCAUGACUCACCAAAUAGAACUAAGUUCAUUAGUGAUAUUGGAAGCAGAUUUCAAGGUAGACCUCUGAAUGUAAAUUUGUUGAGAUUGUAUAAAUUGGUUUGUAAGCUAGAUUCAAUUAUAAAUACAUUUUUUUCUAAUAAAUCAACCGAUGCUUUUUCUGUUAAAGAUCAAAGUCAUAUGGAUUCAUGGCAGCAAAUAGUUGAAUAUUUGGAUGAAAAGAAUUCAGGGGACAUGAAAUGUGAGGACUUGUUGCGACUUCAUUUAAAGGCUUUCCCAUUAUUUUCAACACAGUUGAAUAUAAAAAAAAGGAAUCAUCUCAGUAAGCUCCUUUGUAAAACUUCUGAACAAGCAAUAAAUCAAUACUUAAUUCCACUACCUCCAACACCAAUUUAUUUUCAAUAUUUAAUGUAUUUAAAUGAAUAUUUGGAACUCCCGUUGAAACUCAUUUCUAAGUCUCAAUGUGUCUUUUUACUCUCAGCAUCUUAUACAGGAAUGUUUCCAAGAUUUGAAUAUUCCACAGAGUUAACCAUACUAUUAGAUCAGCUUAAAUCUAAAACAAAGGAAGGCUUUCUUCUUCAAUGUAUCCAAAAUCUCCCAAGAUACAUUAAUUUGGCAGAAAAUACUUUCGUUCCAAAAGAAAGGAUAGUUAUUGACACAAAGAGAGAUUCUUCAGAACUUUGUAAUGCAAUUCUUAAUUGCUUUGAAUCUGAUUCUCCACUUUCAGAAAAUGACUUAACAACUCUUUUUAUUGCAACCAUUUCUUCCCAAGGUGGUGAAUUCUAUAACCAGUUUCUCCCGAGAGUGAAGUUUAUUACAAGAAAUUUUGAAAAAAAGAAGACUAAGGAACAAAAAGUUGAAUCAAAUAUAAAUAAUAUUGCUGAUAGUAGAUUACUAACCCCAAUUUCAGUAAUAAAUGCUGUUAGUAAAACGCAUGAUCCAACAGUUACCAUUAAAGUUCAAAAAUUUUAUUCUUCCUUAGUUAGAAUAGGUUUACUUCUUACAGACAAUAGAAAUAUUUUUGAAGCUUCAAGAAGUAAGAGGCCGUUAACAUUUCCAAAGGAGUUUGUUUCUGGUAAACGUCUUAAUGAAUUGGUUCCUUCUAUUUCAGAAAUUUCUAAAAUUGUGUCAAAAAACUUAGUCCCAUCAGAAUGUGCUUCAGCUAUUAUUAAAAGGCAUCCAGAAUUGAGUGGCAUAUUUUUCACAUUAACUUCACUCUGUGAGUAUGUGCUCGAUAAUUCAUACCCAACUCCUUUCUCAGAUAUACCUUACCUUUUAAAACUUGUAACUAUUUUAUCCGAUAGUUACGGGUUUUCUAUUAGCAAGAUUAGAAGGAUUUACGCAUAUGCUGCAGGUUCUUAUGCUAUUCUUGGCGUACAGAUCAGAUUAUUACCUUUAUUUUCUUUUGUAAGCAAAUAUAAUGAAAUGAAUGAAAAUUUUAAAUCUGAAUAUAACAUUUGUAUUGAGAAUUUCCAGUUUAAAAUGUUCUUUACAAGCUCUCAGAUUCAAGAUAAAAAAGAAUCUUUCUGUAGAUAUGUUACUUUGGUUCUUGAAGAUGAAUUCUAUGAAAGAAACAUCAUGUUUGCAAUCAGGACAUUUUCUAAGAAGUCAUCUGUUGAAGAAGAUUGGUAUAAUUUGUUAUCUGGUCUCUUUAAUGAUGUCAAAAAUUCAAUGGUUAAUUCCAUUGGGUCUAACCUUACUGUCGGCUAUUCAAUUGGUGAUGGAUCUAAGUUUUUUCCAUUUUUCAUUUCCAAGUAUAUUAGAAGUAUUCAAAAAUCAAAUUAUAUUGGCGAACUCACAAAUAGAGAUAUCAUCAAAAUAUUUACCCAAAUAUAUUUAAAUUACGAGGCAAUUCCAGAUAUAGGUAGCUCUUCUUUCAUUGGAAAUGCAUUGAGAUAUGAGUUUAUUUCUUCAAAGGAUUCCUCCAAAGAUAUGAGCAAUUACAAACUGAUUUCAGAUGAGCUUUAUGGUCUUAGAUAUCUCUUCUCUCGUGAAACUUUGCUGGAAGUUUAUCCCUAUUUAAUUGAAAGCUGUAUAAAUGCCACAUUAGAAUAUAUGAAGUUCGUUUCAAGUCAUGAUUUGGACCAUGAAAAGAUUACGAAAAUAUGCACAUUCACCUUCUCUAUUCCAAAUAGGGAGCUCCCUACUCAAUACAAAACCAAUGCUUUGUUUAUUAACUAUUUGAUAAAUUACUUUAGUAUUCCUCAAGAAGCAAUUUCACAGCUUCAUUGUAUAUACGAAGUAAUUAGUGCAUUCUCAAACUUCUCUGAAGGAACUCCAUCUUUUGAAGUUUCUCUUAACUUUGGGUUAAACAUAUAUGUACUCACACAUGGAUUCAGAAAUAUUAAAGAAGAUACCUUCGGCGAUAAAUGCAAGGUUGCUGCCUUACUUUCAAAUAUCUUAGACACAAAUAAAGAUGCUACCAUAUAUGAAGAGGAAGCUUCAUCAAAAACUAAUUUUGGACGUUCUCUUCAUUAUCAUAACUUGAACCCAAUUAACACUAAAAAUGUUUCUUCUCUUUGCAGUACAAUUAUGCAAUGCUCAAAACCCAGUUUACGUGAUGGACCUAUUCGAGAAUUUAUCAAUCAAACCUUUUAUAGCUUUAUAUACAAUGACCAUCUUUCCGAGGACCCUCUUGCUUCCACAAACAUUUUAUUAAAUAAGGAUUUCAGCGGAGAAAACAUAUCAAGAAACCAGAUUAAGCACAAACUUGAAAAAAAAAUUGAGAAACUUAUUCUUGAAGGUGUGGAAAUUACUUAUGAUAAUAAGAAUGUCAAAAUUCAAGGCCUCAGAAUGGUUGAGUCCAUUAGGUUGUAUGGUGUUUUUCAUGAUAGCUUCAGAAACUUAUUAAAAGAUUUUGAUGGUAAAGAUUUAGUCAGUGAAUACGGCUUCUCUGGUUUAUACUCAGGAGCUAAUCCCAUUAAAGGCAGAAAUGAUUCUAUUGAUGAUCUUAAAAUCUUUAGCAUUGAAACUGCUGCUUUGGUGGUUCAUGAAAUUUCGAAUAGUAUUUUAAGGAAUGAAAAGGCUUCUGAAACACAGAGUUUCGUUCUCUCUAUUCAAAACAACACUAUUAAAUACUGCAGAGAACAUUUAAAAUCAGUUCUUUCUGAAGCAUUUAAUUCCCAUGAAAUUAAUUCUAUUUGUUCCAUUGCAUUUUCAGCCUUUAAAUAUUAA